ACCAGGGUUCUCAGUUGAUUCAUGUUAUCUUCUUAGUUAUCCCACUUAUUAUGAAAGUCUUGGAAGCAAGGAAUCAAUUACAAUGCAAGAGGAAGCCUCCACUACUGGUAAAGAUAGCUCCAGACCUUACAGAGCAGGAUAAGAUAGACAUUGCUGCUGUCCUAGCAAGACCCAAUAAGUCUGUGGAUGGUUUGAUUAUUUCAAAUACAACUGUAAGUCGUCCGCCAUCUUUACAAAGCAAAAGUAAGGAUGAAACAGGUGGUUUGAGUGGAGCACCUCUUAAAGAGCUUUCAACACAGACCUUGAGGGACAUGUACAAACUUACUCAAGGUCGUCUUCCAAUUAUUGGUGUUGGAGGUGUGGCUAGUGGGGAGGACGCCUACGAGAAAAUUAAAGCAGGUGCCUCUCUUGUACAACUGUAUACAGCUUUGUCUUAUGAAGGACCACCAAUUGUUGACAGAAUAAGAAGAGAACUAGAUGAGCUAUUAGAAAAAGAUGGUUAUUCAAGUGUAACAGAAGCAGUGGGUUUUGAUCACAGACAAGUCCCAGAAAUUUGCAGUUAAAAUGGACAAUAAUGAAUAAGAAAAAUAGCACAUUGUUAUUGGUUGAAGUGUUGGACACUUGUAUUUAUUGGGUAUUCACGAGUGUGGAACUCGAGAAAGUAAAAAUUGUGAUUUAUUUGCGAAAUAUAUUAGUCUCAAAUGAGCAUUACAAGUUACAUUUCAUACUACCUGCAGUAAAGUGGAAAUGAA